UGGGUGGAGGGUGCCGCUGAUAAAAGGGGGCACAUUUCCCUCCCAUAUACAUAUCUUAACAGGAAAAAAAAAAUCAACUGGAUCUUCAUGAAAACUGGAAACUUAGUGACGACUUCUUUGUGACAACUUCUUCGCCUGUUUGUGUCAUUUCAUUAUUUCAGUUCGUGUCGCGCCCCUUCCCUGACAAGAGGUCCGCCCGUUCCAUAAGGGCGCGCGAUGCGAGAUGUGCCUUUUGGGAGUAGUUGCAGACCUUAUAUAACUUCUGACAGCAUCAUAGCGAGGCUCAGUUUGGAUCCGACUAUUUGCCGAGCAGUUUGUGAUACGUUCAGUGUUCAGCCACAACAAAACUUGGACAUUGGCCAUUUCCAACUUGGUGUUCACUUGGGAACUGACCACCGUUUAGUCUACCUGCUAGACUCUCCUAGUGAUGUUUAAAUGAUAAUUCACAUCUAAAUUGCCACAAGAGUUGUCCAGAAAACAAAAAUGUCAACGUCUCACGCCUCCAGCGAUCCAUGCGUGCAAUCAAGCCACCAGAAACAGAAUGUGGCAAGAGCAUCGGGGAAAAAGUCGUUGCCCUUUUCUAUCGACAGCAUCAUGGGCCGCGAGCCAACUAUCCCUUCCCACACCCCUGUGGUGCUGACUCCCCUCACGCCCUCUGUCGCCUCUCCGUCACCCACAUUCAACUGCUCGUCAGAGAAGAGCUCUUCCACCAAGGCUGAGGCGUCACACUACGCUGCCCUACCGAGCCCAGGGUCGGACUGUACGGACUUGUCGAUGGGGCCGCUGAAAAGAAGCGUGAAGGCGACGUCGCCGCUGACAAUUUAUACGUCCCAUUCGCCCUUGAGAAAGUCUCCUGGUGUUUGCCUGAGGACAUCCACGCCGAAUCCGGAACCCAGAAAAGAUGUUGGAGACUACGAGAGAAUUUUAUCGGAACACCACAUGAAAACGUCAGAGUCCCACCGACGUACACCAACAAGAUCUUCAGCGUCACGAGGUUACGAUUUCCGGAACGGCAAAUCUGCCGCCGCUGCAGUGAUGUAUCCGUCUAGAGAUUCCGGCAAUCAUGCCUUCUUUCAGUACACACGGGAUAUUUAUAAUGGCCUUCACGAUCCAUCACGAGGUCAACCCAUCAUGGCUGCUCUUCCUUCCGGCUUCACUGGCAUUCAUCCGGGGCUGACCAGAGAUAUACGAGAUAUGGGUCCAGUUUAUCCUAACUUUCACCACGCCUUUAUGGGAGCGAUCCCAAGGCCUGCAAGUCUCGAAGACUAUCAUGCCCAGCUCUUACGGUGUUAUCCUCUUCUCAGCCCUGGACUCUUGACCCAUAUCAGCGCUGGACAAAUGGCUAAUGUACCUUUAAACAUUUUUGAGUCUAUGAAACAUUCACAGCUUCACCAUUCAUUUCUUAGAAGUCCUUCAAACAAUAACAAUUCCAAUAUUAACAAUAACCUAAGCUGCUCUACCGCUCCAGAGAGUGGUCAUAUUUCAGGACAUUCACAACGAAUGAACGAACCCCCUUGCAAGCAACUUAGUCCGCGAUCAUCGUGCAGCACUCCUGGAAGUAUUUCUCUUCAAAAAUCGACAGACCAGCAGCGUGGAUGCUCUUAUGAUUCCCAUAGCUCUGAAUCCAGCCCCCAUGAUAUAUCCGUGAAAACAGAGGACAGUAUGGAAGCCGAUGAUCAGUGCGUGGACUUAUCUUCCCCAAACAGCUCUGUUGCGAGUAGUAAUGAAGAUUCCAAAUCGAAGAAGCUUCUUGGGAAAUCGCAAAAGACAUUCACCUGUCCUGAGUGUGGGAAAGUUUUCAACGCUCACUAUAACCUUACCCGCCACAUGCCUGUUCACACUGGUGCAAGGCCGUUCGUCUGCAAGGUCUGCGGAAAGGGUUUCCGCCAGGCUAGCACGCUCUGCCGGCACAAAAUCAUCCACACGUCCGAGAAACCGCACAAGUGCGGCACCUGCGGGAAAGCGUUCAACCGCAGCUCCACACUGAACACGCACAUGCGCAUACACCAGGGCUACAAACCGUACGUGUGCGAGUUCUGCGGCAAAGGGUUCCAUCAGAAAGGUAACUACAAGAACCACAAGCUGACCCACAGCGCGGAGAAGCAGUUCAAGUGCAGCGUCUGCAGCAAGGCGUUCCAUCAGGUCUACAACCUUACCUUCCACAUGCACACACACAACGAUAAGAAGCCCUACACUUGCCACGUCUGCGGUAAGGGUUUCUGCAGAAACUUUGACCUGAAAAAGCACAUGAGGAAACUGCACGAUGCCUCCCAGCUUGGGGGCUCAGGGCACUCCUCUGACCGCAUGAGCCCACAAUCCAAUUCAAACCAGCCCCAACAUCGGGAUCUCCCAUCCCCUCAUUCACACAUGUACUCUGGACAGGGAGGGUUCGGGCCCUCCGCGUUCCUCGCCAGACCACCCAUGUUCCAUCAUCAAGCUCUUGCGUGCCAGAGGCGCCUCCUGUCGCCUUACAUCGUCGGACCCAACGCUGCUACUCUUUUACACAAAAUUUCAUCCAUGAUAUAAAAAUUAUGAUGACAUUAACUCUUAGUGAUAUUGACAAGAGAAAAGAUAAUGGACGCGCAACACACGAGGACCAGAAAACUUGUGCUUACAAGACGUUCCUGUAAUUUAUGAUGUAUUUUUAUUUUAUUAUAUUUUUUUUUUGGAAGAAUUAUGUUGACCUGUACUUUCUAUCUUACGUUACAUUGAAAGAAAAAGAAAAUACAAUCAUAUGGUGGAGACAAAAUUUGUAUGUGAGAAUGAACUAGACAGACAGACAGACAGGCAGACAGAUAGAUAGAUAGAUAGAUAGAUAUAGAUUGAUAGAUAGAUAGAUAGAUAGAUAGAUAGAUAGAUAGAUAGAUAGAUAGAUAGAUAGAUAGAUAGAUAGAUAAAUAGAUAGAUAGAUAGAUACACUACAUACAUACAUACAUACAUGCACACAUACAUACAUACAUACAUGCACACAUACAUACAUACAUACAUACAUACAUACAUACAUACAUACAUACAUACAUACAUACAUACAUACAUACAUAUACAUUUUAAAAUAUAACUUGCAACAUGCAGUUUAUAUAUUUUCAGUUAACAUGGCUAAAAAUAUCUUUACAUAGACAUUUGCGGUAAUAUUGAAAAUGUGAAAACCUUUCAUCAAUUAAACAUUGUUUUCAAUUGUCAACUUAGUCUCUAGGCUACUUUAUGUUGUCAGUCAAAUUGAACUAAAUGCACUAACUUUCACGGCGAGUAUAACAACACUAGGGAAUUGGUCAACUAUGGUUUAGCACGAAGACUUCCUGGUGGUAGUGUUUAUUCUUGUUGAAGUGCAAUGUCCAGGGAAUGUUUCACAACAUCACAUAAGUUCCAAUCAAUUUUUUAAAAUACUAAUUAAAACAAUUUGAAACUGUUGCAGUUCUAACUGCGCAGUGAAGUAGCACAUUCAAGAAAUUAUUAAAAUUAGAGUAAAAUUUUCCUUUCAGACCAUGCGAUCUAUGGCAGGGAGGAUGUUAAGGUCAUUUGUUUCUUUGGACAACGGUAAACGAGCAGGGUGUUAUCUGGCAAGCACAACGACCAAUCGCCUUUACUUUCCCCAACUAUAAAGUCAGGUACUCACUACAUUUUGGUGGACUCAGGGGCGCCAAAAUUCCCGAAAUUCAAAAUAACAGUCUUCACCGAGAUUCGAACCCAGGACUCCAGGUUUGAAAGCCAAGUGCUUAACCAGUCCCACCAAGUAAUCAUUACAUUUUCUAAAUAGUUCAAUUAUGCUUUGUAAAAACAAUUAACAAUAAUGAAAGUAAAAGUAAGUUCCCCUUUUAGACCUAGCGGUUUCUGUGGCCAACGGUUAACGAGGGUGCCAUGUGGCUAGCACAAAGGCCAACCGCCUCUACUUUCACCAGCUAGUGUCAAUUAGAGCUGGGUGGACUCAGGGCCGCCCUAAACAUUCAGAAAUUAAAAAAUCAGUCUGCAUCAGGGUUAAAACCCGGGACCCUUGACUACUCAUUCCACCUUUAUGAAGCGACUUUCAGUAAGAACGAUUACUUUGUUCUUAAUAUGAAUGAUAUAUAUUUAAAAAAAAAACUCGGAACAUUUGUUAUCUUGCCCCUAUUCUCACCCGCCCCUUUUGUUUUCAGAUUGUACAUUUAAAUAAUUAAUAGUUUACUGCCUUCCCACCCAUACAAUUGAAUGGCUUUAUAAUUUAGAUUAAUAUCGUGUUUGGAAAAAAAAAACUUUACUUUUUAUAACUACUUUACAAAACAACAUAUUUUCAUUUUUUUACCGUUUUUCACGACAUAGUGUGAAGAGAUCUGUAUGUCCAUUCUAGACAUAAAAUAUAUGUGUCUUUGAUCUGGAUAUAUAGGCCUUCUUUUGGAAUCUGGGAUUUUUUUCGUGGGGAGUGAGUAUUAGGGCGAGGUAAAAAAUGUUCCUUUUUUAAAAAAAUUUAUCAUUGAUUAGUUGUUAAGGAUUUGGUAAUUGUUCUUAUGGAAAGUCAAUAGCUUCAUAGAGGAAGAAUUGUCUUUAAAAAAAAAAACUAUUUUAUUUUAAAAGAUAUUCCUUUCGAGCUCUCAUACAAUCUCCUCAUGAUAAUAUUUCUAAGCAGCCAAAUAAAGUUAAAAAUAGCAUAAAAAAAACAACAACAAUACAUUCAGUACAAAAAUUUAGACACGCCUCUGUGUCUCCCUGGUAUGGAAUGGUUUUUAUUACAAUUUUAUUUUAAAUGUUUAUUUUAAAGAUUUAAAUUUACUUUCAUCAAUUAGCAUGCAAUACAAUCAGCCACUUAGGUAUAAAAACGUGUUGAUCUAAUUCUAUAAACAAAAUGAGUUGGUAUCUAGAGUCUUCUACAUUUGUUUGUUUCUUUAUGGAAGAAUGGCAUAAUACAAUAGCGAACAGCUCAACAAUGCAAGUAAGAGCUUUGUUUAUUUUUAUAUACAUAACACAUAAUGCUGUGACAAUGCAUUGUGACAAUGCAGGCAUGAAAACAUAUUUUUUUUUUGUAAACAUACAUUUAAUUUGGAACAAUGCGAUGAUGGCUGUGAGGCAGGUUGAACACUUUGUAACAAAAAAUAUAUAAAUUUGUGCGCUUUUGUAUAACUUUUUCUUUUUUUAUUAGUUUAUGGUGUUUUUUAAGCGCAUAAACCAUUAUUGUGUUGUUGUUUUUUUGUUGUUUUUGUUGUUGUUGUUUUUUUUUGGUGCGAAAUAACCGUUUGACAAGAAGAAACUUAGAUUUCUGUUUUUAUGUGUUUUUUUUUCUGAUCAUUGUUAACUUUUUUUUUCUUUUUCCCCCAUAAAUAAACGCUGUGUGAAAGUUCAAACGUAAUGUUUUAAAACAGUGUGACUCUAUAGAGAGGUGAAAAAUAAAAUUAGAUUCAUGGUUUACCAAUGCAAGACAUAUAGAUAGCUAUGAUUUAGAUCGAAAUAGUUUGAGCUCCAUACGAGUAUAUAUGUACAACUAGUAUAGAGGCGGGGAGAAGAAAUAGCGUUGAAACAGUAAAGGAAAGUUAAUUUUCUGCUUUUUUAAAAAAUGGAGGUAGCCCUUGCGUGGUAUUGUAAUUGCGUGUGGGUGUGUGUGGGGGGGACGUGUGUUUGUGGGUAUGAUUGUCUGUAGGUGGGACAUGCAUGUGUGUAUGUGACAAUUUUUGUGAGAACGAGGUCCAUUCUUUAAUGUCUAUCUCUCACAUACAUGUAACCAUAUAAUUUCAAAGAAAAUAAUUAUUUUGUAUGAAUUGUUUUUAGCAUGUGUACAGUAAAAAUGGAUAACUGUCUGGCUAUGUACAUUAAAUUACAUUAUCUGAUAUAUUAUUCAAAGUAGUUUAAAAUGUAUUUGUACAAAAUUAUCCAAAUAUACAAGAGUUUAAUUUAUAUGAAUUUGUGCACAUUAUUUGAUUAUAUUCAUUGUUCUUUAGUUUCUGGAAAGAAUAAUAAAAGA